UCUCGCCCGCGUUGCCCCUUCUCGAUGAGCCUCGCGUAGCCCCUCCCAAGAUUGGAGACUAUGACUGAGUUUCGGACUGACUGGUAGCAGGUGGAGUGCUGCCACUGCUUCGGUGUGAGCAGAUCUCUGAAUGUGGACUUGUCCUAGGUGUUAAACAUGAUUUGGCUUUUAGCCAUAGUUUAUUUUGCUUUCAGUGUUACGGCCCAAGACAGGCCUUCAGUACCUCAAGGUUGUUCAGAUGGUGGCUGUUAUCCUGCAACAGGCAAUCUCCUGAUCGGUCGAGCGGACAAACUCAGUGCUUCAUCCACCUGUGGCUUGUGGACUGAAGAAGAAUACUGCAUUGUCAGCCAUCUUCAGCAAGAAGACAAAUGCUUUACUUGUGACUCCCGAAAACCAUAUGACGUGAUCACAAAGAGGAGCCACAGAAUAGAGAGUGUCAUCUACAUGAUGGAUGAAGAGAUGGAUCUGACUUGGUGGCAGUCAUCAAAUGGGAUGGAGGAAGUUAACAUUCAGUUGGAUCUUGAAGCAGAAUUCCAUUUUACUCAUCUCAUAAUGAAGUUUAAGACGUUUCGACCGGCUGCAAUGAUUAUUGAGAGGUCUGCAGACUUUGGACGCUCAUGGAAGCCUUAUCGCUAUUUCUCAUACAACUGCACUAAGAUGUUUCCCGCCAUUCCUUUUCGGCCACUUCACCAUAUCAAUGAUGUCAUUUGUGAGGAGCGGUACUCAGAUAUUGAGCCUUCUACAGAAGGAGAGGUUAUUUAUAAGGUUCUGGACCCCUCCAUCAAAGUAAAGGACCCAUAUAGUCUUGAGAUCCAAGAGCUGCUCCAGAUCACAAAUCUGCGAAUAAAGUUCACCAAACUACACACAUUGGGGGACAAUUUACUGGACCGUAGGGUGGAAGUGCUGAAGAAAUAUUACUACGCCGUCUACGAACUGGUCGUGCGGGGCAGUUGUUUCUGCUAUGGACAUGCCUCUGAAUGUACACCCAUUUCUGGUAUGACUGGAGGUGUGGAGGGAAUGAUCCAUGGGAGAUGUGUCUGCAAGCACAACACAGAGGGACUAAACUGUGAGCGCUGUAAACCUUUCUUUAAUGAUUUACCUUGGAGUCCAGCUGAGGCUCGUAAUCCACAUACUUGUAAAGAAUGUAACUGUAAUGGACAUUCAAGCCAGUGCCAUUUUGACAUGGCAGUAUAUUUAGCAACUGGAAAUGUCAGUGGUGGAGUCUGUGAUAACUGCUUACAUAAUACCAUGGGACGGAACUGUGAGAUAUGCAAACCCUUUUAUUAUCAGGACCCUUCAAGAGAUAUCCGGAACCCGGCUGCUUGCAUUGCUUGUGACUGUGAUCCAGUUGGUUCCCUCGAUGGUGGCAUCUGUGACAGUCACACUGAUCUCACCUUGGGUAUUCUUGCUGGCCAGUGUCGGUGUAAAGAAAAUGUCAAGGGUAUCCGAUGUGACUACUGCAAGGAGGGCUUUUAUGGGCUUAGCAGGAACGAUCCAGUUGGCUGCCAGCCUUGUAAUUGUGACCCUCGUGGAAUCACCAUUGGGGAGGCUCCCUGUGACCAAAUCAGCGGGGACUGUUCGCGUAAGAGAUAUGUCACAGGGCGCUACUGCAAUCAGUGCCUGCCUGAAUACUGGGGUCUCAGCCAUGAUAUUACAGGAUGCCGAUCCUGUGACUGUGACUUUGGUGGUGCAUACAACAACCGAUGCAUGAUGGAUAAUGGCCAGUGCCCUUGUCGUCCACAUAUUACCAGUCGACUGUGCGAUGAAGUUCAGUUGGGCUAUUUUUGUGCAUCCCUGGAUUUUUACACUUAUGAAGCAGAGCAUGCUUUACCGUAUUCCCCAGAAGAUCUUCAGAUACCUGGAAAACCGAGACCACCAGCAGAUAUUAACUGUUUGGAUUACAUGGAACUAUAAGACAGAGAAUUCGGGCAGCAUCGGCGGCACCAACAAAAAAGGCACAGACGACACAGGAAAGUUAGACAACUUCAACAACAGCCAGAUGUGGAAAUCGCUCACAGAGAGCAAGGCCAUGGACGUGUUGUGACUUGGACGGGCCCUGGAUUUGCCAGGGUAAAGGAUGGAGCUGGUCUAGUGUUCACCAUUGAUAACAUACCGUAUUCUAUGGAUUAUGACAUCAUUAUUCGCUAUGAAACAGAGUCCACAGAAGAUUGGGAAGCCAUAAUUAGUAUUACCUCUCACUCAUUGCCCAUGAGUCUUCGCUGUGGUAAUAUUCUUUCUUCAGAACAGACGUACAUAGUGAAACUCCUACAUGAUCAAAGGUACAUUAAGAUGCCACGACCUUUCUGCUUUGAAUCAAAUAAUCGGUACAUGGUGGCAAUACGGUUUCAGCGUUUUGGUGUUGCGGAACGGUAUUUUAAUGCUUUCAUACUGAUAGACUCGUUGGUUCUCUUUCCAAAGUACACGGAACUGCCUGGGUUCCACGGAAAUGACCCCCUCGCCAUUCAUCACCGGGAAGAAAUGGAACGUUACAUGUGUGUCGAAUCUUUCAUGAUGGUCCCCAUGCCAGAACUGGCAGAAAUGUGCAUCAAGCUAUUGUGUAGUAUCUCAGCUAUUUUACAUGAUGGGGCAGUACCUUGCAAUUGUGACCCCCAGGGCUCUUACAGUGCAGUAUGUGAGAAGAUAGGAGGGCAGUGUCAAUGUAAACCUAAUGUGAUUGGCCAUCGCUGUGACCAGUGUGCACCUGGAACAUAUGGCUUUGGACCUUAUGGCUGCAGCCCUUGCAACUGCAACUCGCAGGGAUCAGAGAGCUUCUUCUGUGAUCCCGUAACGGGUCAAUGUCCUUGUAAAUCACAAGUGACCGGACGUCAGUGUGGUAGCUGUCAUCCUGGCCACUGGGGUUUCCCACACUGCAGACAGUGCCACUGUAAUGGACACUCAGAAGAGUGCGACCCUCAGACUGGAGCCUGCAUUGCGUGUAGAGACCACACAACGGGUCAUUAUUGUGACAGGUGUUUGGAUGGUUUUUAUGGAAACCCAAUCUUGGAAUAUGGAGAGCACUGCCGUCCUUGUCCAUGCCCAGGCAACCCAGGAUCAGAUCAUUUUAAUGGCAUAUCCUGCUCUCUUGAUGGAACAUCUAGCCAGAUCAUAUGUAACUGCUUUCCAGGAUAUUCAGGUCCACGUUGUGACAAGUGUGCCCCUGGCUAUUUUGGAAAUCCAGAAGAACAUGGAGGUGAAUGUCACCCUUGCCAUUGCAGUGGCAAUAUUGAUACAAGUGACCCUGGCGCAUGUGAUGCACAUACCGGCAAGUGUCUGAUGUGCCUCUAUAAUACCCAUGGACCAUCUUGUUCAGAGUGCAAGCCAGGUUUUUAUGGCAACGCAUUAGCACAUGACUGCAGAUGUUGUACCUGUAACAGUGCCGGUACAUUACGGACGCAAUGCACAGGAGAUAUGUGCCACUGUGAUGGCACGACUGGAAUGUGCCAAUGCAGGCCAAAUGUUGUUGGAAAAAAUUGUGAUCUGUGUGCCCCUAAUCACUGGAACUUUGGAAUACCCGAAGGCUGCGAACCUUGUGGCUGCCAUCCGUUAAACUCUUUUAGGAGUGACUGCAACAUGUUUACAGGACAAUGUCACUGCUUACCAGGAUUUGGAGGUCGCACUUGCUUUGACUGUGAAGCAAACUAUUGGGGUGAUCCCAACAUAAAAUGCAGAGCAUGUGACUGUGACCCUCUUGGGUCUUCCACUCCUCAGUGUGAUCGUCACACUGGAAAAUGCAUUUGUGUGGAAGGAGCUACAGGACAGAAAUGUAAUCAGUGUGACCGCGGAUUUACUGGGCAUUUUCCCAAGUGUAUACGUUGCCACCACUGCUUUCAACAAUGGGAGAGCAUAGUGAAUCAUCUAUAUGAGGAGAUCAGGAGAAUUGAGCAAAGAAUUAAGCAUAUCGAGAACACUGGGGUACCCUCUGAUACCCUAGACAGACGCAUCCAAGAACUUCAGGAAAAGCUUGUCCAAAUUCAGAACCUUCUCAAGGACAGAUCUACAGAAAUGAUUUUCCAAAUUGUCAGUGAGUCCACAAAUAAUUUAAGGAUGGAAAUUUCACAAAUUGAUGGACAACUUCUACAAGUAUCAGAUUCUCUCAACAGUACCAGACACCAGGAUGAACAGUUACAGAAUAGAUUACACAAGAUGGAGACUGAAACACGGGACUUAAACAACACUGUGAAAAUUCUCCAUGACAAGCUGCAGAACCUCCUCACAUCUGGAACUAGUGAGCAAUUUGAAAACAUAAAAAUGUACUAUUAUGAGUCGUUGGAAGCAGAAAGAAGAGCAAAUGAAUCGGUUUUCGGAGAUAGGAGCCCUGUAGCAGAGUCUCAAGAAACACGAAUUAAAACCGAGGAUUUGUUGAACAGGAAGAAGAAUGAAUUUCACAGAACAAUGACAGCUCAUACUAAAACACUUAAAGAGCUUCAGAACAAAACAAAGGAUCUAGACAGCAAUCUUAACCACCUGAAUGAAAAGGUUUGUGGCAGUAUGAAUAAAGAGAAGAAUGGAAAGCAUAACUGCACCACUGACCCUUGCGGAGGUGCUGGCUGUCGUGAUGAAUUCAACAAGAGAAAGUGCGGAGGAGAAACUUGCAAUGGGGCUGUAAGCUCAGCUUUCAAAGCACUGAAGGUGGUGCAGAACAAAUCGAGUGAAAUUGAAGCCAUUGCAGAUCGACUGAGUGAUGUUGAAAAGGAGCUUCGCAAUAUUAAAAUGAUUGCAGAAGAAGCCAAAAGUCAAACACAAAACACUUUGAAAAAAGCACAGACCACCAAAGAUGAAAUAGAUGAAUCCAACCAGAAACUAAAAGAGUUCCUUAAGAAGAUUAAAGAUUUCUUAAGCGAGGAAGGAGCAGACCCCAAAAAUAUUGACUUGGUAUCCCGAUUAGUUCUCAAUAUUUCACUUCCUGUGACUUCUGGCAAUCUGUCUGAGAUCAUAAGACAGAUCAGAGAAAGCAUCAGCAGCCUCGGAAACGUUGACCAGAUUCUCAAUAGCACUGCCAAGCAUCUCAAACAGGCUCAGGAUCUGCUGAAUGAAGCCAAUGAUGCAAAGUCCAGAGCUGAGGACAUUAAGGAAGUAGUAAAUGACACAAAACUUGCUUUGGAAACAGCACAAAUGUCUAUAGAUGAAGCAAAUCGAACUCUGAAGAAAGCACAGAAAAACAUAAAAGGCAUCAACAAGACAACUGAGAUGAUACAAAGCAAAUUUCAGAACAUUAAUGCAAAGCAAAUGGACGCAAUGAAGCGACUGUCAGAACUGGCAAAGAAUGUGGGCUUGCUACAGAACAAUACAGACCUCAACCGUUUGAAGGCUAGCAAAGCCAACAUCUCAGCCGAAAAUGCAAUGAUGGAAGUGAACAGCCUAAAUGAGGAUUUCCAAGAGAUUAACCAGAAGUUCAAAGAGUUAAACAAAACCAUUGGAGGAACUGAAGGGAUGGGUGACUUGUCCAGCAGGGUGAACAAAGUUAAAGAAGAAGCAGAAGAGCUGCUCAGAGCAGCCAACGACAAGAUCAAAAAUGUAGAAGACCUGGAAAGAAAGUUCAAGAUGAAUGAAGAGAAAAUGCAACAGCAGGCCAAAAUAUUAAAAGAGCUGGAAACCACAAUUAUCAACAUCCGGGAAAUGAUCCACAACAAUAUGACUCAUUAUAGCUCUUGUACGAGUUAAACGGGACUAAGCAUUUAUAGCUCAGCUCAAAAAAUAUGUGCUGAGUGUGACCUUGUCCAUCUUGGUAACUCUAUUCAGGUGCAAGUUCUCACAUCUGAGUUAUGAAAAUGAAUGCACUUCAUGAAAUCAGUUAUCCUAAAAUGUUAUUUCUGAACCUGAAUGCUGCUUUUCUCUGAGUAUUUUUGUGAUCAAACACCAUGGACAGUUCAGAAGUGUCUCUAGACCCCAUUAAGCUAUGAAUGGAACUGGCUUGGACAGUUUGGAUAAAAAUGAAACUCACGUAAAAUCUGACAAUGACGCUGCUUUUUGCAGCUUCUAAAGUUAUAUUUUAGUUUUAAAAAGUAUUUAGCUCAGGUUGAAAUUUUUUGUUGAGCUUGUUUUCUUAAUGCAAAUAGAGAAGCACAUGAAUAGUCAGAUUGACAUAGGCAGAACUUUAAAAUGGUAGAAGAUUGCUUUACAAAAAGUUAUCAUCUCUGGAAACAUGUUCUGCUUUACACAUACAUGCCUUGUGACGUUGCUUGAAAUAACUUUCUGGAUUUUUGGAUGCAAAAGGAGAUGAUAAAGUGGAGAAGCAGAACUUUUUUUGGUUAUAAGAAAUGCACUUCAUUGGAUUUUGUCUAACAUGAGACAGUGGUCGUUUGUACCCAAGACAAUAUACUGUGUCUUUUAAUAAAACUUCUAUUACCGUGGCUUUACAUUACACCUUGUACUAAUUUUAUAAUUGGCCACUAGAUGGUGCCAAACUUCUAAACUUCAGACGUGUCAGUAGCCUUUUGUCCUGUCAGUAGGUUGAUGUUGUCUCUUUCAUUUUCUGGUUAUCUCUCUCAGUCCCUCAUUCACUAUCCAGUUCUUUGUUUUCUAAACCAGAAUAUCGGGUCACGGGGGGAGUCUACCUGAAAACAUCAGGUCAAAGGCAGGAAUCAUUCCUGGGCAGGAUAGUAAUCCAUCACUGGACAACCUCAUGGAAUCAUCCACAUUCCGUCACUCAUACCGGGUCUGUUCAGAGUUACCAAAUAACCAAACACACACACACACAUUUUUAGGGUGAGGAAGGAAAAGGGGCACUUGGGGAAAAAAAAAAACAAAACGCAUAAACAUGAGGAUGUGAACAAUGGCCUGGCUUAUUGGCAUGACACUUAGUUUUGUGUUCGCACAGUGUUACUAAUUUUUAAAGAGUAAUGGCUACGCAUAGAUAUGUAUGAUGAAAGAAAUAGAUCUAAAGGCUUACAAGAAUCAGCAUGUCUCUCUGGUGGGCUUUCUCUCAAUGUUUUUGCUUUUUUGUAUGUUCUUUUUUGUUUUCUCUAUGACUCACAGUUGUUUUCCUAUUCACUUUUUGCUCUGUCUAAUGUUAAAUUAUUUCAAACUAUUUCUCUUUGAGGUACAGUAGAUAGGGUUGUCAUUGUCUCCUUGAAGAUUAAGACUGUGCCCUGCUUUUAAUUCAUUUAAGGAAGUUGUAAUCAUAAUGUACGAGGGACGUUCAAAACGUUGCCGCACUUUUAUGUUUUCGUUGGAAACGGUGAAGGCGGGACGAGUAGCAAUUGAGCAUUGAAAAGUUGGUACGAAGCAUUGCAAACCAAGAUGACUAUGUAGAAAAGUGAUGUCAUUUGUUUUUGAAAUUCUUAAUAAAUAGAGUUAAGAAUGUCCCUCGUAUCUUGGUACCAGGAUGAUAUACUAGAACCUGUCGCAGUUUAUUGUAAAGCAUUCUGAAAAGACAAAACCAUGCUCUGCCUAAUAUUUAGAUGGUUUAUAUUAAUAUUUAUAUCACAGUGCAAGUGAAUGAUACAGGUUUGUCCACUUUCUAUUGUAAUUAAUAAUAUUAAUAAUUGUAAUAUUGUUAUAUUAUGCAGUUAUGAGACACACUGUUAAUCUGCUGCUGACUUCUUGUUAAUUCCUUCAGAGAGUGGCUAAGAUGUGCAGUAAUGAAACAUUAACAGGAUAAAAAAAUUGUUAAAAUGUGUCUGAUGACAAAGUGCCCGCAACAUUCCACAGUGCGGCCCGACUGUUCACUCGUAAAGAGCCAUGCUUGAAGUGGGUUGGUUCUCUCCAGUACUCCUUGGGGUCACCUCUAGAUAUUGUGGCUGAUUUUCCAAGCAUUCUGUUAGUGUAUGGAGUCUGCCAGUACUCACAUCACAACCUCCAUGAUUGUUAUUUGGCUGUUAUUUCUUGUGAAGUGAAGCGAGAAAGACAAGGUCUUCACGCCUUAAUUCCAUGCAUCCUGUUGACCAAAUAGACCCCUCAAGGUCUUCAAAAAUACAUUCCAUGAAUCCUGGGGCUUGCUUAUCCACGAGUGGGGACAAGCCAUCACCUCUGGUAAGCUGACAAAGCAUGAACACCAUGAGUACUGCUUUCUCCACUUCAAGCACUGCUCAAGAGACAGCUUAAAGAUCUCCUUCCUUGGCCUCUGUCCAGCAAGAUGAAGAAAUGGGUGACAUUCUAACUUGACAUUCUAUAACCGAUAACAGCUCAGGGGGGUUCAGUAAUGGAUGGAUUUAAUGGGUGUAACUUGUGUAAAUCUGUUAUAAAAUAUGUUUCAGAAUGCAAGUCUUUUUGUUAGUAGUUUUCUGUUUUCUCAGAAGAGUCCCCUGUCUUUUUUCCAGUAUUAAAGCGCUCUGUCUGUAAGCCUGUGAGGUUGGCUGUCACUGUAGGAGUUUUCUUUUUCUCACAAAGCCACCCAGACAGCUUCUUCUUUGUUGCCAGCAUCGGGUAUUCGCGGGCCAUGCUGGACCCAUUUUGCUGCCCUUUUGCUAUAAUCUGUAAAGAAUCAAUUUGUGAAAUGUGUGAACUACAUAUGUCAGUAAGAUUACAUAUUAAAUCAUAUAUGCCCUUGCUUCCAUUCAUGUGAAUUUUAUUUGACAUUAUUCUUCAUUUAUCUGGCUGUUAAUUUGUAAAAUUUGUAAGACACAUGAAAAUGUAAACAACACAUUUUUUGCUACUGUGUCUUGUUUGAUUAAAGUGUGCUAAAAUGUU